CGAUGUAGUAAGCGAUUUUUGUAAACAAAGAUGUCAGAUAAAGAUAGGUCUGGACAAGUCAUUCAAAAAUCGCCAAUAUCUACCAGAAAAGCAAAGAAAUUGCUGUAUCUAUCAGAAUAUUUACUGAAACAAGAAUCAAAAAAUAAUUCCAAGAAGGUGUCAAGAAUAUUGAAAAAGCAUGAACAUGAACGAACAGAAUCAGAAAAAGAACAUUUAGCUAACCACCAGGAUAUUGUGAAGAGAAUCCGGAAAAACAGAGAAAAGAAAAAAAUAUCUGAAUUGAGAAAUCAAGAGACUGAAGAUAAUGAAGAGGAGUUGCAGCGCAAAUGUGAUCAGCUUGCAGAUAUUCUUAAGAAAUCCAAGAAGACUGUUAUUUAUACUGGAGCUGGUAUAAGCACAGCUGCCUCCAUACCCGACUACAGAGGUCCGCAGGGAGUGUGGACACUUCUUAAGAAAGGUGAAGAAAUCAGCCCACAAGACCUGAGUGAUGCAGAGCCGACACUGACCCACAUGUGCAUCACUGAGCUUCAUAAGAAGGGUCAUGUGAAGCAUGUGGUGUCCCAGAACUGUGAUGGUCUCCAUCUACGCAGUGGCCUUCCUCGACAGACACUGUCAGAGGUCCAUGGAAACAUGUUCAUUGAGAUCUGCUAUCAAUGCAAACGUCAUCGCGAGUAUUUGCGACUCUUUGACGUCACUGAGAACACUGGCGUGCGUCGCCAUUCCACUGGGCGGAAGUGUCAUUUCUGUGAUGGUGACUUGAAGGACACCAUUGUGCACUUUGGAGAGAAGGGCGGGCUGAAGUCUCCCUAUCACUGGAAGGAGGCUGUUAGAGCCGCCAACAGGUGUGAUGUCAUCCUCUGUCUUGGAUCCAGUCUCAAGAUUCUCAAGAAGUAUUCAUGCCUCUGGUGUAUGGAAAGGGCCAAGCAUAAGCGGCCCAAACUGGUGAUUGUUAACCUACAGUGGACGCCCAAGGAUGAAUCGGCAACUUUGAAAAUCAAUGGCAAAUGUGAUGUGGUGAUGGACAGAGUGAUGAGAAGGAUGGGUUAUGAAGUGCCACAGUAUGUCAGGACGGAGGAUCCGAUAUACCAGCUGGCCACGCCUCUGAGACCAUGUGAGGAAGACACAACGUCCAAGAAGAUCCUGCAGUGUCCUGAACCAGUGACCAGUGGCCACGAACAUGGCAUCUCGCGCACCCCAACACCCAGUGACUCGAGCAGUGAUUCAACUGACGAAACUGAAAGUGACAAUGAUAAUUGUGAUGAUGAUGAGGAUGAUGUUCAAAAUUGUGAUGUGAAUAGGAUGAAAAGUGUGUCUUCACAGCAAAAAAGUUCAAAAAGGGCUUUAAGAAAGUCUAUUAAACUAGAAAUAAAAAUGGAUCAAGACUCCAAUGAUGACAGCUGUGGAGAAAAGUCCUCUGGGGAAAGAAGUUUGUCAAAGUCUCAAAAGAUUUGUAAUGAGGCUAAAAUUGCUAUGCAAGCAAAACUCGUAAAUGCAAAAAUUAAUCAAAUCCAUGCAAACAGUGGGAAUGCUGCUUCGUCUAGCCAAGAUGCAAAAAUUACUCACUUACAUGGGGAGUUACAGGGCAUAUGCUCCAACAUGGGCAUGGAGCCAAUGAUGAAGUAUGAUCCUCUGAAAGGGGGGCCAUUUGAUCCUGGCCCGACACCAUUGCAUGAAGGGAAAGUUGCCUAUCUGUACAUGCUGCAUAAACAGUUGGAGGUGUUGAAAGAAAAGCAAAAAGUACUGAAGGAACAAGAAUUAAGCAAAUUCAAAACCAAACGUCUUUCUAAUGAAAUCAAAUCAGGGUCUGAAUCAAAAAAAUCAUCUUCAUUUGUGCCAAAUGCCUUACCUGAUGCCAAAUGCUUAAACCUGGCAUCACCAACAAGUGGGGCUUGUAACAUUAUGCUAAGUGUCCCUAACCUUACUCAUGAUGUUGAGCGAAUCAAGGCAAAUAUCAAAACUCUGCAACACGAGCAGAGAAUUUUACAGGAACAAAGAGCGCAAGUGCAAAGAAAGUAUGCUGAUUAUGAUCAUCUCAUGAAGAAGAAACACCAAGAUGAACAGCUUAGACUCCAUCAACAUUUCCUCAUACAAGAACAACUACUGUCCCAAACUGCUGAUGGGAUGGCAAAGAAAGAAGACAUGUUGAAAUUGUUUGUAUAUCAGCAACAGAUUCUGAUUGCUCAGCAGAACACACAGCUGAUGGAAGUCGUGCAAAGUCACUCACGCGAGAUCCAAGAACUGGAUGUUGCACUGGCACAGAAACAUGGUGAGCUGAUGUCAGAAACGAAGCAUCUAACAGAGUGUCAGAACAGGUUGAACCUAUCUGUCCUUCAACAGGCCAACGUAGAGGCAAGUAAUUUAGGGCCAAUGCAGUCUCCGACCAAAAAAGAUUUCAGUAUUCUGUCCAUAUUGACUGACAGUGACACUGAAGCUCAGAAUUCCAACAUCCCCUCGGUCGCUGCAUUACUGAACACCAUGUUGACAUGUGAUUCGUGCAAGUUUUUGAAGAACUAUGGUGUUUUCAAAAAGAAGUGCCAAAACUGCCAACUUUUAAAGGCAAAGAAUGGUUGUGCUACAGUUUCAUCGCUUUCAUCAUGUUCACCAAGCACUUCCAGAAAUGUCAAAGCUAAACUGAAAAAGGAACUUGCUGAGAUAAAUGUUGAAACAUGGCCUAUUGGCUCAGGUAAGCAUUCUGAAGAAAAGCCAACAAGUUUGAAAUCUUCCAUUUCUACCUCAACCUCUAAUCCAUCCUCUUCUCAGGGCUAUUCGAGGACUGAUAUGAUUACCAUGCAGCAAUUGUCUCAGGCUUCCUCUGUGAAGAAAGCAUCUUCUGUGAGGAAAUAUAAAACACAACCAUCUGCAACGGAACCUCCAGAGAAAACACCAAAAUCAAAUACAAUAUGUGAAACACCCCUCAACUCCAAGAGGAAUGAAAGGUGCUCUUCAAAUGUCCUAAGCCAUGAACAGAUGACUGAAGAACAUGUACUCCUAAUCAGAAACCAGUGUGUUACAAAGAACAAUUCAGUUGAGCAGAUAGAGAAAACAAACCAACCAGUCAGCCUCACAGCAUUGAAACCAGUCCUGAAACCAGUCCGAUCACAUUCCCAGUCUGAAAUUUAUGACAGUUUACAAGAAGAUGACACUAAUGAUAGAUCUGGUUUCCGGCACAUCAGGUCCCUCUCCCACAGUGAAGGAACAAAUGUGGGUUACUCUGACCUACAGCUGACCCCAGCCAGGUCAGCAGAUGAUAGCCGAGAUUCCACAACUUUGGAUGCGUUGGGGUCAGGCAAGAAGAGGAAAAUAAACAAAUCUUUAUCAGUGCCUGGGUGGUUUGGUAAAGGGUUAAACAUAAAAAAGAAAAGGAAGUAUUAAAUAAUGGUGGAUUCUUUUAUUUCGUCUUCAAGGUGUAAAACAGUUUUCAUUAAUUAAAUAGGGAAUACUUGUGAUUUCAUUGUAUGAGUGUUGAAUACUGAGUAUGUGUUUGUUCAGAUACCAGGAAUGUAUACAAAAAUAUUUGUUGCAUAAGAAAACGGUUGUAUUAACUAAUAUGUAUUUAUCAGAUAUAAUUAUUCUAUGCUCAACCCUCUGGUAUUAAAAUGACAUGCAGUUUUUAUUAUAUACAUGUUACCAAUUUGGCCAAGAAAUACAGGUAAACGAUUACCUCUGUCAAGAACUGUCAGAUAACUGAAUAUCACAGCAAAAUGUUUUUUUAUGCCUAUAAUUUUCUUUUUAAUUGUUAAGUGCUAUGCAGACAUGAAGCAAACCAAUAUUUUUUUAUCAAUUUGUGCAUGCACAAAAAUAUGUUUUACUUUAUGAUCUGCAGGUUAUUUGAAUCUAAUAUUAAAAUCUUGAAAAGGGUGAUGUUACAAUGUGCUGUAAAAUUCAGUACGCAAACAAUGUUAAUUAAACCAAAACGAUAGCGCAAAAAAUAGACAAAGAUAUAUAUAACAUAUAAAAAAAAUUCUCUAUAAUAUAUGUAGGUUAGCUUUUCUAAGUUUGAAUAUUCUGCACAUCUUGCCAAGUAUGUUCUUAUAGAUUUAAGAUGUUUUUUGUUUCUAAAUUUGUGUUUGUUCACAAUUAUAAAUAAUUUUGUACACUUGUCUAACCCUGUUACAAUUUCUUUUUUUUUCACAUGUGUUCUCAAAUUGAAUCAUAUUAAAUUUUAGAACAUUCAGGUUUAUUUUGCAUCUUUGUGUCUUAACAGAUUCAUAUUUGUGCAUGAAAAUGUCAUGAAUUCUAUUAUUUUGUACAUCUUAUGGAUAGCUCAACUAUUCACUGAAUGGUCUAAGCUAUGCUACUUACCCAAAUCUCGGCAUCAGUGAAAUGUUCUGUUUUAGAUAAACAUGCAACAUUACCAUUUUAUGGUUUCUACAGCAGGUAAUCAAUUUAAACUGCACAAGUGUUUAGGGGGAUUUUGCUAAGGUAAACAUAUCUAUUUCACUUUUUCUACUAAAGGUAUUGAAUUGAAACAUCUUGCAUUUAUUCAAGGUCAUUGUGUGAGGUUACUGAGCAAGUUCAAUAACUCGGAACUGCUAUUUAGCAAAAUAAUGUCCCUUUUUCUACUUGACAAAGUCUGGUCUACAUUUACUGGAGUGAUUUCAUGUCCUUAUAUAUACUACAUAUAUCACUAAAAAUGUUGAAAUUAAUUGAUACAUGUGUGUUCAGGUUCUUUAUAAAUAUUCACCGACCUAGAACUAUUUCUGUGACCAGAUUUUAGCAGGGCUGUGCCCCUUUUGUACUUAUAAUAGUGGGUUUAUACAAGCAAGCAUGAUAAAAUUCAGGUUGAAGUUAGGAUCAUCAUGUGCGGUCACCAAUCAAGGCCAAAAAAAAAAGGUACAAUAUUGCAGAAUCAUGAACGCACCUUAUCGUCCAAUGUGAACUGAACUCCAGGCAAGCAUUUUGGGUGCAAAAACUCGUACCUCUAACUGAAUCAGAAGCAGAAUCAAAACUAAAUCAGGGUGCAGAAUCAACGGGGUUUUCAGGGGUUUACACACGGGCUGGACAGAGCGUAAUCACAUUGUUAAGAACUUUAUUUUUGCAAAUAUCUCAAGUUAUGGAAAUAUGUUAGCAAAAAUCUAUUGUGCUUAAAAGACAGUUUUUCUUGCAGUUUGUGUCGAUAUCUUAAGGUAUAAGAAUAAAUCUUUAAAUACAGUAAAAUGGAAUUUUUGAACAAGAACACAUGCUUAUUAAAUAAAGUCAUUCUUAUGUAUUUCACAUUGUCAUAAGCAGCAUAAAAAUCUGUCUUUUAUGCGCCAGUUGAAAUUCUUAAGAAAACUUCACGUGAUUCUGCACCCUGUGAAUGCAGAUCUGGCAUUGUUUUUUCAUUUGGGUUUGGUGGGUGGGUCAAUGUCAAGGUAACGUUUGCUAAAAAUAGAAAAAAAGUUUUAGCUCAAUAACUUCAGUGACUAUGGAGAAAUUAGCUGAAACUGUAUGUGUAGUUAGGUUACAAACUAGCAAGGGCUUACAUUUGGGGCUAGUGAGGUCAAGGUUAUAGUUAUUAAAAUGGAAAAGAGUUUUUAACAUCAAUAGCUUUUUUAGCUCAUCUAUUUUUUGAAAACUCAUGAGCUAUUGUCAUCACCUGAGCGUCUGGUUAAGUUUUGUGUUUAGGUCCACUUUUCUCAUAAAGUAUCAAAGCUAUUGCAUUCAAACACGGCACACUUACUUACAAUCAUGAGGGGACUGGGCAGGCAAAGUUAGAUAACUCUGGCUGGCAUUUUGUCAGAAUUUUGUGCCCUUUUUAUACUUAGAAAAUUGAAAAUUUGGUUACGUUUUGUGUUAAGGUCCACUUCAUUCCUAAAGUAUCAAAGCUAUUGCUUUCAUACUUGCAACACUUACUAACUAUCUUAAGGGGACUGUGCAGGCAAAGCUAUGCAAAUCUGACUGGCAUUUUUACAGAAUUAUGGCCCUUUUUAGCUCACCUGUCACAAAGUGACAUGGUGAGCUUAUGUGACCGUGUGAUGUCCGGCGUCCGUUGUGUGUGUGUGUGCGUCCGUCAACAUUUUGUUUGUGUAGACAGUAGAGGGCACAGUUUUCAUCCAAUCUUUAUGAAAUAGAUCAGAAAGUUUAUCUUGAUGAAAACUGGGUUGGAAUAGUAUUUGGGUCAUCUGGGGUCAAAAACUAGGUCACAUAAUAGGUCAAAUAAUAGAAAAACCUUGUGUAGACAAUAGAGGUCGCAGUUUUCAUCCAAUCUUUAUGAAAUUUGGUCAGAAUGUUUAUCUUGAUGAAAUCUGGGUUGGGAUUGUAUUUGGAUCAUCUGGGGUCAAAAACUAGGUCACUAGGUCAAAUAUUAGAAAAACCUUGUGUAGACAGUAGAGGUCACAGUUUUCAUCCAAUCUUUAUGAAAUUUGGUCAGAAUGUUCAUCUUGAUAAAAUCUGGGUUGGGAUUGUAUUUGGGUCAUCUGGGGUCAAAAACUAGGUCUCUAGGUCAAAAACUAGGUCAAAUAAUAGAAAAACCUUGAGUAGACAAUAGAGGUCGCAGUUUUCAUCCAAUCUUCAUGAAAUUUGGUUAGAAUGUUUAUCUUGAUGAAAUCUGGACUCUACCCAAACCAUCCCCCACGCCCCACCUCAGAAUUCCCCCACCCAUUUUUUUUCCAUUUUCUUAUUUUUGAAAGAUCAUCUAAUAAAUGACCACACUCCUUUUUCAAUUAAACAAAUCAGCAUUUAGUUUACAUAUGUUAUGUAAGCAAUACAGUUAUUCAACUUGAAAUAGUGGCCAGUAUAUGACUGACAGAAAAUGUACAUUAUGCUAUAAAAGCCGAAGAAUAAUAGAGUCCGCUGUCUUAAGGCAGCCCUUGUUUUCUCCAGUUUUUCUAUUAUGAUUUACAUUUGAUAAAAUACUGUGAUACUAUUGAAUGAAAUAUGUUCCUGCAAAUAUGAUCUUUGUGUAUCUGCACGGAUUCGGUCAUUUGUUUAAAAAUACUCACUGCACUAUUUUUUGCUGUGUUUCUGUCUUCUGUUUGAAUUAUGAUAUUUUCAGGAAUCAUUGAACACUUUAGAAUGUCAAUAUAUGAAAUUAGUUAAUUUGAUAUUUAUGCAAUUAUCGCAUUUCCCAAAAUGUUGUAAGGAUGUGUGGAAUAAAAUUCUUAAACAAAA